AUGGCGUCUUACACCAUCCAUAUCCCCACAUCGGAGACUUCAAAUGCGCUUCAACCUGUUCAACAGUUUCAGCAUCCUACACAGGUGGGUAACCAGCAAUACAUUCCAGACCCAAAUUUAGCAGAAACUCACGCUAUUUACGCUUCUCAGAAUAGGCCCUUAGUUAGCAAGAACCAAAUAGACAAAGAGGGUAACCUAGUCUUAACUGAAACCACCAAUGCGGAUGAUGUUUCGACUGAAGCCGCCGCGGUUCCAGAGAAAAUUAGACACCAUGACACUUCGACUGAUGAAGUAACAGAUGAAGAGCAUAUUGCAUUCCAGGCACUUUGGCUCUCAAGAUGGGUUUUUUGUUCUAGAUCCCUCCAGUGGCAAAGAGCUCUAGGUCGAAAGCGAGUCAUCAAAGAGGCAGCUGCACAAAAGGACGCUGAAGCUUCGAGAAGCAACAAAGCAAGUGGAGAUGACUCUGUUAACACUGGCAAGAAACCAAUGAGUUCGAAACCCCCACCAACUCCAAAAAGGAAACCUUCAAAUACUAGUGCUUCAGAUGAUGAGGAUAGAUCUCCUCCUCAUACUAGACAAGCCGCGAAGAAAAGACAGAAGGCCACCAUUUCUUCAGUUAAAGGCAAAGGAUCUGGGACCUCAAAACCCACAUCAUCAAGUGAUAAAGUACUGUCUGAUGAACAACUUUUGAAGACCGAUGGUAAUGCCCUAGUUGUCGAAAGUCAUAACUUAAGCCCAGAUAACAUCCCACCCAAGGACGAUGCAGGCACAAUUACUUCUGACCUCAAAGCUUCAACUCUCAACUUUGACCUUGAUAAUCCCCAAGGUGUUCCUCAACAAAAAUCUCCCAGUCUUUCUCCUGUUCUCAAGGAUAACGAACCUAGCGCCAAAGCUACUUCCCCUGAGCAUACUGAAGAUACUCAUUCGAAUGAUGGAUCUCCCGUUAUCAAUCAAGACGAAGAUAUGGAAGAUCCUCCUCAACAUUCUAACACUGCUACAAACGAAGUCUCUAGUUUACAUAAAUCAAGCAAUGUUGAAACUUCGACCUUUGGUACUAUUGUUGCUCCUGCAACCACUUCAACCAAAACUUCUUCUGAACUCACUCCAGCUGAAUUAGAGCAACUCAAAAACACUGAUCCUGUAAGCUUCCUCAAGGCUAUGAUGAAUGCCAAAAGUGUUUUGCCCAUCAUGGUUGAGACUUCUUUGAACAUCUUGGUGGAAAGUGGUACGGGAAAUGAUACUCCAAACCUCCUUCGCCAGAUAAAGAAAAAGUUCUUUGAGACUAACCUUAUCGAAGUUCUGAGCAAAGACUCCACCAGCUGCUUUGGUUUGAAUAAUCUUUUAAAGAAGGUGGAUCUACUCCAAGUCUCCGACGAAGCCUCACAAGUGAUUGUUUCGCUAAGUUCCUUGCUUGAUCAGCUUCAAGCUGAUAACCUUCGAAAGCGAGAAGUUGACCAAAAACUCAACACGAAAGUAACUUCUCAUAGUUCUUCAUGGAAAGCUGCUAACGAAUCAACUACCAAAGAAGAAGAAAUUGAUCACCUCCAAGAGAAAGUGAAAGCUGCCAAGUCUCGCCAGGAAGAAAUCAAGCAGUUAAAGAAAAAAGAAUUAGAUGAUGUGGUACAAGCGGGGAUUCAACAUAUCGAAACGGCGCAAAAAUUAGUGCCAGAGAUCGAAGAGUUGAAGAAGCAACAGGCCACAAUCGAACGCCACUUGUCUUUAUGGGCCUCUCAAUACUCCACAAUGAAGAACAAUCUCCCUGCAGAUUUUGCUUAA